UUCGCUCUGCACAACAAAGGACGAACCGCCUUCGCGUCAACACAGACUUCAGGGUGAAACUUUUCCGCGGGUGUCCUCCGGUUUGCUUGUUGUCCAGAAAAGCUGAAAAGACUCACGCAGAGGAGCCAGGAGACGCCAAAUUGUCGUGGAAAUUAGACAACACUCGCAGACUCGUCCUCCGAAGACUGUGUGUCUGCACAACAAAGGAAAAACCGCCUUCGCGUCAACACAGACUUCAGGGUGAAACUUUUCCACGGGCGUCCUCCGGUUUGCUUGUUGUCCAGAAAAGCUGAAAAGACUCACGCAGAGGAGCCAGGAGACGCCAAAUUGUCGUGGAAAUUAGACAACACUCGCAGACUCGUCCUCCGAAGACACUGUGAGAUCCAGUUACAAAAUGAGCCAAGAUGCGCUGGAGUCCGACGCGGACUCUGGUCAGGACGUGUCAGAAUUUAACUGGGACGAUUACCUGGAGGAGACGGGCGCUCUGUCCGUACCUCACCAUGCCUUCAAACAUAUGGAUCAAGGCCUGCAGACGGGUCUGACUCCUGGUAUGAAGCUGGAGGUUCCGGUGCGUGGAGAACCCGACGGCGCUUACUGGGUGGCCACCAUCAUCACUACCUGCGGCCAACUGCUCCUGUUACGCUACGAAGGCUACCACGACGACCGGCGCGCCGACUUUUGGUGUGACGUCAUGACCGCCGACCUGCACCCCAUCGGCUGGAGCAGGCAGCAGGGUCGACCCAUGAGACCGCCUGAGGGCGUGCGAGAGAAGCAUGAGGACUGGGAGUCCCUGCUGGAGAAAUCUCUGUCAGAAUCCUGCAGCGCACCGGUCAACCUGCUAGAAGGGGCCCAGCGUGGCUGCAACCCUGUAGACCUGCUGAGUCCGGGUCUCGGCGUGGAGCUGGUGGAUAAAGAGGAUGCCGGAGUGGUCUGGGGCGCAACGAUCGAGGAGAACGUCGGGGGACGACUCCGUCUCCGCUAUGCUGGCACAGAAGGACUCCCUGACACACACUCCGUCACCUGGAUCUUCUACUUGAACCCCCUGCUCCAUCUCCCCGGCUGGGCCAAAGAGCACGGCUGCAUCCUCAGACCUCCAUCAGUUUUGCUUCCGUUACGCACUAAGGAGGAAUGGGAGGAAGUGAGACAAACCAUCACUAAUCAGCCACAGGAUUCGAGUAUUAGUGAAGAGUUCUAUAAGGAUCGUCCAGCCAUCACUCCGCACUGCUUCACUGAGGGGAUGAAGCUGGAGGCAGUGGAUCCUGUUGCCCCUUUCACCAUCAGCCCUGCUUCUGUUGCCAAGGUGUUCAGUGAUCAGUUCUUCCUGGUGCAGAUGGAUGAUAUGAGAGAGGAAGUCGAGAGAAAAGGAGGAAGUAGAUUGUUCGUGUGUCACAGGGACAGUCCUGGAAUCUUUCCUGCUCAGUGGAGUUUCAAGAAUGGAGUGAAGAUCAGUCCACCAGCAGGGUUCCAAGGGCAGGACUUUGACUGGGCUGACUAUCUGAAGCAGUGCGAGGCCGAGCCAGCCCCGCAACACUGCUUCCCCUCCGACCCCUCGGAUCAGUGCUACAGAGAGUCCAUGAUGCUGGAGGCCGUUGAUCCUGUUUGCCCUCAAAACAUUCAUGUGGCCACAGUCACCAAGGUCAAAGGUCAACAUAUCUGGAUUAGACUAGAAGGAGUGAAGCAGCCUGUUCCAGAGAUCAUAACGCAUAUGGACUCCAUGGACAUCUUCCCUGUUAGCUGGUGUGAAACUAAUGGCUACCCUCUUCAGUACCCCUGCAAACCCAAAGUGGAAAAGCAGAAGAAAAUCGCCGUGGUCCAACCGGAGAGACACAGAGUGCCAGCUAAAGACUCCUCCCCUGAUGCCCUCAAACAACCUCUGAACAGUCAGACCGAGAUGAGUCAGGCCAACGGGAAGUACACCUGCCCCAAGAUCUACUUCAACCACAGGUGUUUCUCCGGUCCGUACCUCAAUAAGGGCCGCAUCGCCGAGCUGCCACAGUGCGUAGGUCCAGGCAGCUGCGUCCUGGUGCUCAAGGAGGUGCUGUCGCUGCUGAUAAACUCGGCCUACAAGCCCAGUCGUGUGCUCCGUGAGCUCCAGCUGGACCAGGAGGGACGCUGGCAGGGUCAUGGAGAGAUUCUCAAAGCCAAGUACAAAGGGAAGAGCUACAGGGCGACAGUGGAGAUUGUUCGUACCGCGGACCGUGUGGCCGAGUUCUGCAGAAGAACCUGCGUGAAGCUGGAGUGCUGUCCUAAUCUGUUCGGGCCGCGCAUGGUGCUGGAGCGAUGCUCGGAGAACUGCUCCGUACUCACCAAAACCAAAUACACAUAUUACUAUGGGAAGAAGAAGAGUCGACGUGUAGGUCGUCCACCGGGAGGCCACACCAACAUGGAUGCGGUUGUGAAGAGACGAGGCAGGAGGAAGAAGAGAAGGAAGCAGCUGUUCGUCCACAAGAAGAGACGCUCCUCCGCCUCCGUGGACAACACGCCUGCAGGGUCUCCUCAGGGAAGCGCCGACGAGGAAGACCUGGACGAAGACGACUCUCUGAGCGACGACAGCGGCUCAGAGCAGGACGAGUUGAUGGAAGAUUCAGAAUACUCCGAAAAGAAAUCACAGCCCCCGACACCCUCACCCUCUCCUCCUGAAACUCCCCGACCCACCCGCCGGCGCCGCAAAGCUCGCUCUCCUUCAUGCUCGGACGAUGAGAACAGACCUCCGUCACCCAAAAGUCCCUUUCCCGAGGCUCCUCAGAAGCUCUGCUUGGACAGCAGUCCCCUGGAGUGGAGCGUUACAGAUGUGGUGCGUUUCAUCAGGACCACCGACUGUGCUCCACUCGCACGGAUCUUCAUGGAUCAGGAGAUUGAUGGUCAGGCCCUGCUGCUGCUAAAUCUGCCCACUGUGCAGGAGUGUAUGGACCUGAAACUCGGACCCGCCAUUAAGCUGUGCCAUCACAUCGAGAGGGUCAAACUGGCAUUUUACCAGCAGUUUGCCAGCUGAGAGUUGCAGGAUGAGACGGCGGGGGAGGAUUUUUUAUUUUUUUUUUUUUAUUUCUCAUUAUGUGUAUGUGUGUGUGUGUGCUUUUGUUUAGUUUUUUCUUUCCCCCUUUUGAGUUUUGUUCUAGACAAAAAUAAGCUACUGAAGGGGAAAUUGGUGUGGGAGACAUCAGUGGUGUUUGUCACAAAGCUCUGCUCAGACAGAACCCGCCCGCGUUAUAGGUGAUUUUUACCAGGUUUAUUCGAGUUAAUAAUCAGUCAUUAGGUGGCGUUCUCCUUAAGGCUCAGGCGAGCUGUUCGUUUCUGAAACCUUUAAUAAUCGUAGAGCGGACGACAAUGCAAGAAUCUUAAAGCACAAAGACCAGUUGCCCGUGUACAGUAAGUGGUAUGCAAACGUGUACAUAGUAGUUUGUCUGUAUAUAAGUGUAAAUAUCAGAUAUUCCCUUUAGUGGGAUUAAAUGUCCCAGUUCCUUUUUUUUUUUUUUUUUUUAAAUAACAAAGCUUGAAAAUUACACUGUAAGUAAACACAAACAUUAAUUUUCAGGCCUGCUAUUUGGUUUUGUGGUAACACCUCCCACCCCACCUCAUCCCACCCCGUCCCACCCUACCCCCCAAGCCAAUCUCAGUCUGACUCUCGUAUUCAAGCGGAGAAGUGUCGCUGCAUUAAAACAAUUAAUGCAAUAUAACAACGUUAAUGUGAUUAAUGUCGUGGUUAGUAUUCAAGCACACAAAGGAUUCAGGUUAUUGUAUAAAAAAUUCGGGAUGAUCUAUCCGAUUCUAAAACAAUAACGUAUGCAAGACUAGAAUUGGCUUCGACUCGUAAGGCUUUGGCUUCAAGCAUUGCGUUUGUAUUUAGAGUGCUCUCAAGAGGAAUUCAACAAACCUCAUUUUGAUUCAGUUUUCCCGUUUUAUCUCAUUCCCUCUCCAAGCGUUUGUGCUAAAAAUGGUGAAUUUUGCAGGCAUAUUGUGUGUGUGCGUGUGUGUGUGCGUGCGUGCGUGCGUGUGUGUGCGUCUCCUUACCCUGUUUGAUUUGAUUCCCAUUUUCUUUCCAGUUUGGUCAAAAAAAAAACAUUUGAAUUAAUGUUAAAUUUACAUUUAAAUUGUAUAUGUUUGUGAAAUGUUAUUUAAAAGAAACUGAACUAAACUGGAGCUAUUGUUUCGUCUCUUUCAAAAGGGGUGCUGUAAAUAAAUUCCAUAAUUGCUCGAA